ACAGUUCCUGCUCUGCUUUACUAUUAUACUUAACAACAACCAAUUGAAAUUUGCGGCUUCUGUUUGUCUCAUAUUUCAACACCAAUGGCUGACUUGGAUCACUCUUCUGAAGAAAGUUCUGUGGAUUCCAGAGAGGAUACUAGUCAAGACUCUAAGCUUGACUUUUCAGAAGAUGAGGAAUUUCUUAUCACUAGGAUGUUCAACCUGGUUGGGGAGAGAUGGUCUUUGAUUGCUGGAAGAAUUCCUGGAAGAUCAGCAGAGGAGAUUGAGAAGUACUGGAAUUCAAGAUACUCAACAAGUGAAUGAAGAACCAAAACCAUGAAAUUGGAGUACUCGGUCUCAAUCAGAGCAAGAAAUUUUGGGGGUGUUAAUGUUAAUGUAACAAUGUGUGGUUGUAGUUAUAUGCAUGGAAUUAGUUUUGCCAGUUUCCUUUGCUUAAAAUUAAGGAGAAGGGUUACUGUUUUGUUUCAGGGUUUUGCUUGCAAUCAAAUGGGGGCAUUCUGCAAGUGAUGCCCAUCUAUGUAAAUUAGUAAUUGGUAUGAUGUUGUUGGGUUGAAGCUUUCCAUUUUUUCCUUUUACUUCUGUUUUCUGAACAUUAAACGAACUCUAGUGGAAGUAAAUUUGGUUGGUUAAUUAGCUGCUUCAUGUCAAAGUGCCAUUCAGGUGUAUUCGCUUUUCAGAACCCAAUCUUGAACACCCUAUGCUUCAUUUUCUUGAACAGAAUUUAAUUUUCUUCUGUGAAUGGAAAGUUGGAAACCGAUGGUGUCUUGUGCACACCCUAUGUUCACCCUAUGUUUUACAAACCCUAUUACAAUAUUAUUUCCGAAUGAGUGAUUCGCAGUUAUUAC